AUGGCUGGAGCACUCAGAUCGACCAAGGUUAGUUUUUUUUAAAGUUGGAAAUCAAAAAAAAAAUUUUACUUUAAGAAAACAAUGUCAUGUCUGGAUUAGGAAAUUUUGUUUUGAAACCGUAAAGAAAAAUAAUUUGACUGGAAAGUUUGUAUUUCACGAAAUAUUGUUUUCAGUAUCUUCAAAAUCAAAAAAAUGUCAACGUUUUUUUUGAAUCCCUACAGUAACCCAUCUACAAAACCUAUAAUAUUUAUUUCUAGGGACUUGUUGCUGUUGUGACAGGCGGUGCAUCUGGAUUGGGACGUGGAACAGCAGAAGUUCUAACAAGAGCUGGAGCAAAAGUUGCGAUCUUGGAUUUGCCACAAUCAAAAGGAGCUGAAGUUGCAAAAGAAAUUGGAGCGAUUUUCACACCAGCAUCCGUAACUUCGGAAGAAGAAGUGAAAGCUGCUUUCGAUAAAGUUCGAUCAGAAUACGGUAGAUUGGAUGCAUUGGUAAAUUGUGCCGGAAUUGCGUAUGCUUUCAAAUUAUAUUCAGUUAAUAAGAAGAAGCAUGUUGAAUUGGAUAAAAUUAGACAAACAUUGGAUGUGAGUAUUUUGUGGAGAAAAUAUGAAAAAAAGAAAAUUAACGUUUGACGUGACAGUUCAGAAACGAUUUGAUUUUGAGAAAAAUUAUAUUUUCAGGUAAAUGUUGUUGGAACAUUCAACGUAAUUCGCCAUGGUGUUGCUCUUAUGGCCGAACACGAAAAAGAUGAGAAUGGUCAACGUGGAGUUAUUAUAAAUACAGCAUCUGUUGCUGCAUUCGAUGGACAAACUGGACAAUCAGCAUAUAGUGCUUCAAAAGGAGCAAUUGUUGCAAUGACAUUGCCAUUGGCUCGUGAUUUUGCUGGAGAUGGAAUCCGUUUUAAUACAGUUGCACCUGGAUUGAUGGAUACACCAUUGUUGAGCUCAUUGCCCGAUAAAGUAAAAACAUUCUUGGCUCAAUUGAUUCCAAAUCCAUCUCGUCUUGGAAAUCCACAAGAAUACGGUCAUUUGGUUCAACAUAUCAUUCAAAAUCAAUAUAUGAACGGAGAAACUAUUCGAUUUGAUGGAGCAUUGAGAAUGCCUGCCUAA